AAAGAAUAAACAUGUCGGAGUCGUAGUGAGUGCACGUAUGGGUAUCGAAAGUGGAAAUAUUCUAAUUAUUCCGUCACCCGUGUGUGAAGAAUCGUCGGAAAGUGAUGGAGAAACCGAACCGGCUAAAUCUUUUAUUAGACGAUUAUCAACUAAUCGCGAUAUAUGCAGUUCGGUUUCAAUUAAAGAAGGUUAUUUACUUAAGCAUACGUGUUCAUUACAAAGGUGGAGAAGAAGGUAUUUCAAACUAAAGGGAAGAAAAUUGUAUUAUGCCAAAAAUACAAAGGCUGUGAUUUUCGAUGAAAUCGAAUUGGCCGAUCUCUCUUUAGCUGAAUGUUCGACGAAAAACGCGAAUCACAGUUUCCAGGUUAUAACCCCUUUCCGAUCCUUAAUACUUUGUUGUGAAUCGAGACGUGAAAUGGAGGAUUGGCUUGGAGCUCUGUCUUCGGCCUCCCAGCGUCGAUAUAAUGACAUGGAACCUGAUCUUCUGUCAGGACGACACCAUUGGUACGCGACGUCGCACGCCCGACCGACAUACUGUAACGUGUGUCGAGACGCACUCAGCGGUGUCACCAGCCACGGAUUAUCAUGCGAAAUAUGCAAAUGCAAAGCGCAUAAACGUUGCGCAGCCAAAGCCAUCAAUAACUGCAAAUGGACGACUCUAGCAUCUGUAGGACACGAUAUUACAGAAGACGAAGACGGGAACAUAAUGAUGCCCCAUCAAUGGAUGGAAGGUAAUCUGCCGGUUUCCGCCAAAUGCGCAGUUUGCGAAAAAAAUUGCGGGUCCGUACUUAGAUUACAAGAUUGGCGAUGUUUGUGGUGUAGAACCACCGUACACACACAAUGCAGGCCUAAUAUUAAUCGAGGGUGUCCUCUAGGUCCUGCUCGUGUUAGUGUAGUACCUCCAACGUCGUUACAUUCCAUUCAAGAUGAGGCUUGGGAAGCAGUCAGACCACAAGCUUCUUCUCCCCUUUUAGUUUUCGUAAAUUCUAAAUCAGGUGAUAAUCAAGGCGUGAAAUUCCUUCGAAAAUUCAAGCAGCUGCUUAAUCCCGCACAAGUUUUUGAUCUCAUUUCUACCGGUCCUCGUUUGGGCCUUAAAUUGUUCAGACAUUUCGAUCCAUUCCGUAUUUUAGUAUGUAGUGGGGAUGGUUCUGUUGGUUGGGUGCUUUCCGAAAUCGAUAAAUUAGAUAUGCACAAACAGUGCCAAGUAGCAGUAUUACCUUUAGGUACGGGCAAUGAUUUAGCUAGAGUAUUAGGUUGGGGAGCUUCCUGUGAUGACGAUACCCAUUUACCACAACUUUUGGACAAAUAUGAAAAAGCUAGUACCAAAAUGUUGGAUAGGUGGAGUAUUAUGGCGUUCGAACGCACAAUAGCCAUGCCAAAGUUGUCGUUAACUCCUGGUAUUCCAGAAGGACAAUUACAUAGCCAAAUUAGCCAAUACGAAGAUUCUUUAGUAGGAAAUCUGCAGAAUAUACUACAAUCUGAUGAUACUUCAGUUAUUUUGAACUCGUCUAAACGUCUAUGCGAAACUGUUAAAGAUUUCGCUUCGCAACUGAUGGACAGUUCGAUUAUGCAAGGAGACGAUCAGCUGGCCAAAAAGUGUGAUAUUUUACAUCAAAAAUUGGAAUCGUUGUUGAAGACGUUGACUAGCGAGCAAGUAGACGCGACCACGGUGUCAACUCAAUAUUACGAUGAAUCGCAAGGACCUGGUAAAUCGACUGAGGAUACCGAUAGCGAAAUAUCCUUCGAUAAAGCCAAAACUGAUAAAGUCGAAAAGGAUCUCAAUAAUUUUAAUUUCAGAAAACAUCGAAGAACAUCAAGAUUCAUGGAACGUGAAAAGGACGCGUUAUUACAUCGAGCGAAUAGCCUGAAGAGGGCUAUUCGAAAUCUAGUGGAACACACUGAACAAGUGGUCGACGAACAGAAUAAGCAAUCUGCGGAGGCGAUACCGACAGUCAAAAUAUCCAUGAGUGGUGAUUUGGAUAAAGUCGGAUCUCCGACUACUACAAACAAAAGGGAUUCCUUGAAACCAAUGUCGAUAAUCGAAUCGGGUGGUAGCACCGAUAUCAGUUCCUGUCCAUCCCCUACGAGUUCAAUAGUAACGGCUAGAUUGGCAAAUAUUUCUCCGAUGCCAGACGUGAGAAGAGACUCGACUUUCGGCGUCGAAGAAUCGGAUUUAUUGACGUUACCGGUACCCGAAGGGUUCGCAGACAGUCGAAGAGCCAGCCAAGUACAACAACAACAACAACAACAGAAUUGUGAAUCCAGCACCGAUAAAAUUCUCGUCGAAACGGCGACAUCGUUGAUGAAAAUCGAAAUGGAACAGAAUACGAUAGAAGAAGAAGGAGAAAAAGAAGACAAAGAAUCGAAUACGAAAUUAAUCGAUGCGAAACCGGUAGAGGACGACGAAAAAGAAUCUAGCAGCAUCCUAUCGGCGAUAUCUAACGAAGAAGUGAGCAUAACGUCAGAAAUAUUGGAUCAAAAAUCGUUUGCGCCGCGCAAGGGCAGCGACGGGGACGAUUUGAACGGUCACAUUUGCCACAUAGAUUCACCAGAAACUGAUACGUACCAUUCCACGUCGGACGUCAUCCAUGGUGAGUCUUUAAUGGAUGAUAUUAGUUCCAUGUUAGGUGAAGUUAAUGGAUACGGGCUGGAUAGUAUCGAUAAUACUUACACUGACGAUACGACGUUGUUUCCGAGCGAUUUAGAACGUAAAAUGAGUUUAAAACGAAAUUCAUUGGAAAGAAAACUUCGCGUUUCCAGGCAAAAAGAUUCAAACCUAGACGAAGACGCGCAGUUCGGUUUCGAAAAUAAGGCGUUCAUGCCCCAACACGGUUACUUAGAUAAUAAAACUGAAUCCGAACCACCUCGAUAUUGCAGUCUCGCCAAAUUCGUCGAAGGUAACGACAUCGCUAGGAGAUCCUUCAAACGACACAGAUCGUCGAUAAAAAAAUCAAAAUGCGAAUCAACAGUCACGCAACAAAUCACUUUAAUCGAAGAAUCCGAAAUAUUAUCGCCGAGCCUUCACGAUAGCCAGAACAAUUUAAACACGAUACACAAGAUAUCAUCGAACCAUACCUUCAACGUCAUAAUCAUGGAUAAAUUUAAGGAAAUUUCCAACGAUUUAGAACGAAAAGGAAACGAAGAUGCGCGAGAUAAAGAACCCGAAAUAAAAGAUAACGAAAACGAGAAGGAUAAUUUAGGCGGUAAAGAAAAAGAAAUUCUUGAAAUCGGCGAUGAAAAAGAAGAAUGGCGUAAAUUUCCCCAAGUAAGCGUAAUAGUAGAACCCCCAUCUCCCGUCCUCACCGAGCAGAUGCGCUCGGAACGCAUGGGGCACAUCCGUAUAGAAAUCGAAGGCGAUGUAGAUCCGGAAUUAGAGAUGCUUUGUUCGAAGGCGGAUCGUCUGACGGAGAAAUCAACGAGCAACGCCAGUUCAAAUUCAAAUCUGUUGGGCGUGAAUCCGGAACAUUUCCUCGCCAGAUCUCCGGCGGCAACCAGAAGAAUUUCUUGUUGCAGCAUGUUGAAUCCGACGGAAUCAGCUGCUUUGGCGGCCGCCGCCAAUACGAGCAAGUUCUACGAAGCCGCUGCGGAGAAGAAGGAUCCCGAUAAAAAAGAAGAAAAAGAGAAGAAACUACCAAUAAUUAAUCCUUUAGUUAGACUACCUACUUGGCCAGAUGUUAAUUCUGGCGGAGGGUUCAUCAGUAAAUGUCUGUUAGCUAACGCAGACACUCUAUGCGCAGCCGUUAGUCCCCUUAUCGAUCCCGAUGAAACACUCUCCGAGGGUUUCUACGAACGCUGCGUCAUGAACAACUAUUUUGGUAUCGGCAUCGACGCUAAAAUUUCCCUAGAUUUUCAUCAAAAAAGAGAAGAACACCCAGAAAAAUGUCGAUCGAGGGCUAAAAAUUACAUGUGGUACGGCGUACUCGGCAGCAAACAGCUCAUACAAAAAACUUACAAAAAUUUAGAACAGAGGGUUCAAAUUGAAUGUGACGGACAAAGAAUUCCGCUUCCUAGUCUACAAGGCAUAGUCAUAUUAAACAUCCCUAGUUUCAUGGGUGGAAUUAAUUUCUGGGGUACUAGAAGAGACGGCGAUAUAUUUUUAACGCCUUCGUUCGACGAUAAAAUACUAGAGGUCGUUGCUGUGUUCGGAUCAGUACAAAUGGCGGCAUCUAGAUUAAUUAAUCUACAACAUCAUCGAAUCGCGCAAUGUCAAAGUGUUCAAAUUAGCAUAUUAGGUGACGAGGGUGUCCCUAUACAAGUAGACGGGGAAGCCUGGAUCCAACCGCCCGGUAUAAUUAGAAUAAUACAUAAAAAUAGAAUGCAAAUGUUAUGUAGAAAUCGAUCGUUGGAAAAUUCCCUUAAAACUUGGGAGGAAAAACAACGACAAAGCAUAUCGGCUCAGGGCGCGAAACAUCGAGCUUCCAUAUCUCACGACCUGAAACACAGACCUUCGUUACCUUCUCACGAUAAAGGUAGAUCGAGUUUGACUAGACAAAGUAUGCCGUCACAAGAGAAAUCGUUCCUCGGGGUUAACUUCGAAAAGAUUCGGCAACAUUCGUUUAGCGGCGCAGUGCCUACUAUGCAAACUCAGAAUAUCGAAAAAGAAAAGAUGACAGUGACGUUCCUUGAUACACCCGUACAGUCAGCGGAACCGGAUAUACUUUUCACCGAAGAGGAACAUCAUUUGUUAAUUAAUUUCAUUGAAUGCAUUGCCACUUUAACCAAAUGGAUCAAGAUUUUAGCAAUUAGUUACAAUUUAGAAAUCGAUCUCUACACUCUCGCUAAAAAAAUCGAUACCGAAUUAGAAAAAUUGCAUCCGAACGGUAAACUUCUAACGGGCCCAAGUCUCCGCGAAGAAUUCUCCAAAUUAGUAAACGACGUGAAACAGUUGUACGAAGAAAGUUGCGCCCUGUUACACGACAGAGGGGACAAACUGAAGUUAAGGGAUGAUCUCGCGAGCAAAUUAAGCGCCAGUUUAGCAAACGCCGAAUUAGAAUUAAGAAGAUGCGUCAUUUACGACACGUCCAUCGGUAGUUUAGUCUAUUUACAAGCCGUACAAAACCAGGAGCACAAACGCAAAGGGCAUUUCUGGUUGAAAUUCCGCAACAAAGGUUCCGGUUCUUUACACUACUGCCAGAAGAACGAGGUGGCUUCUUGGGGUACCCAAGAAGUGGCCACUUGGUUGGAAACCUUACAACUUGCCGAAUACGUCGAAAGUUUCGUUAAAAACGACGUACGAGGUAGGGAAUUACUCACUUUAGCCCGACGAGAUCUGAAAGAUUUAGGGGUCACCAAAGUCGGACACGUCAAAAGAAUAUUACAAGCAAUUAAAGAUUUAACUCAAGGUUUAUAAAUAAUUAGAUUUUUAUAUAUGGGAGAAUAAUUCGAUGACAUGAUUUCGAUACGGCCCACUGUAAACAAGUUAUUAACAUAAAUUUAGGUUAGGACUGUAUGGUGGCCACUCCAUAACCCGAAAACCGAAAUCUCCAAUGCAUGUGCGUGUCUUGGUGAAGUAAAUUCGUUUCCAAUCUUUCCAAACCAAAAAUCUCCUCGAUUUAUCUACCAGUCGUUGAACCUCUUCUUAAUUGCACCUCUCAUCACGCUCCAUAAACCCUUCGCUUUCCGAAGCAGUUAUCUCCGAGUCUUCCAUACAGUUUCCUUCUGUCUUGGGGUUCGGUUCGCUACCAUGGAGGUAUCUUCCGGUAAACGGAACAUUCCAAGGUCCGAUUCAGAUGAUCUUGCACGAAACGCGUGCUUUCCAAUGAGCAAGUUUUAAUCCAUUCGCAGGUGAUUUAGAGGUCAGGUCAUUUACUUGCGAUAAUCACGAGACUUUCUGCCUGUUCCAGGUCGCUAUUAAAAGAUGUAGUUACCUAAUAGCGCUGGAAGACUCGGGUUGUAUCCAACAACAUCUCACCGACCAAGUAAUAACUUGGCGGUUUUAUAGUGUUAAACAUUAAACCAACACCCUUGAACACUAUUGAGAUAUUUGUUAUUUUCUGUGGAAGAAAUACUGUGAAUAUACCGCCUGGUACUAAGAAAAAUUAUAUUUAAAUAAAUAUCAAACGAGUUUCGCCAAUUAUAAAAAAUGUGAUGGAUGCCGAUAAAAAGCGCCGCGCGAAUUCUCCGAGUUUUUAAAAUUCCGUUGUAGCUGGACAGGACCGGCUUGGGGAACCAUUUUUCGAACUUGUAAUGUAGUUAAAGUUUACAGUGAGUCGAUUUCUACGCACGCGAGUUUAUUUGACUUUUUUUUUAUUAUGAUAUUGAAAAUCAAUAUUCUCCCAUGAAAUGAUCAAAAAAAUAAGUAUACCACACGAAUAUUUCAUUAUAAUUUGUUAUACUUGUUCAACAUUCGCUGUGAUUCUUCUCCAAUUAGAUUUUAAGGAUGUUUAAAUACAUUUUUUCAACCGAAAAAGUCUUCUCUCUCUCUCUCUCUCUUUUCGGUAUCUAAUUUCAUUCCUUAUUAAAGUAGAAGAAGUAGUUAAGAAAUUACGACAAAAAAGUAGAUAUUAAUAUAUAAAAAAACACUGUUGUCAAAUCAAAAUUUUUAUAUCCCUAGCCGGUGACGUUUAAAGAUUAUUUAUAACCACCGUGUAUCGACCCCGUCAUUCAUUUAUGUAUUUCUAUUUUAUUUAUUUUCAUUUUUUCAAUUUUUUUCUAUUUUCUCAUUUAUUUUUUUUUAUUUUAAUUUUUUUGUUUUAUUUGUUUAUUUAUUUUUGUUUUUUUUAUUCUUAUUUUUUUAUUUUCGUUUCAUUUUAAUUUUUAUCUGUUCAUUUAUGUAUUUUUAUUUUAUUCAUUUUCAUUUUUUUUGUCUUUUUUAUUUAUUUUUAUUUUUUAGUUGUUUUUUAUCUUUUUUUAUUUAUUUGCAUUUUUUUAUUUUUUUUUCAUAUGUCUAUUUUUAUUUUUUUCAUUUUUUAUUUAUUUCCGUUUUCUUAUUUUAAUUUUUUUAUUUGUUCAUUUGUGUAAUUUUAUUUUAUUUAUUUUCAUGUUUUUUAUGAUUUUUUGUUUUUUUAUUUCGAUUUUUUAUUGUUUUUUAUAUAUUUUUUAAUUUUGUUAAUCUUUUUUCUAUUGUUUUCCAUCUUUUUUUAUUAGUUUUUCUAUUUUAUUUUUUUUAUCAUUUGUUUAUUUGUUUUUAUUUUGAUUUUUUUUUGUUUAUUCAUUUUUGUCUUCUUUCUUUUAUUUUUUGUUAAUUUGUCCAUUUACUUAUUUUUAUUUUAUUUUUUUUUUUCAUUUUUUUGUUUUUACUCUAUUUUUUUUUUAAUUUUUUACAUCUUUUUUAUUUGUUUUAUCUUUUAUUUCAUUGUUUUUUAACUUUUUCUCAUUUUUUUUAUUCAUUUUCAGUUUUGUUUUUUUUAUUUGUUUAUUUAAUUAUUUCCUCAUUUGUUUUGGUGUAUUAUUAUUCGAUAGGAAGCAAAAAAAGCUGCAGCUGCGGUUGCAUUAUUCCCUAUCGACCGUUAUUUGGUUAGUAAACCAUUUCA